CAGCAGUGAAUUCUGCCAUAGAUAUAAUUGAUGAAUUUGCAAUUAUUUUUUUGACAGGUCAUUCCAGGGUUAGAGGAGGCAUGAAAGAUGACCGACGGGACAGAUACUCUGUGGGCAAAAGGGGUGGAUUUAAUACCUUUAGAGACAGGGACAAUUAUGAAAGAGGUUACUCUAGCUUGCUUAAGCAAGAUUUGGGGACAAAAACUCAGAAUGGUGUUUACAGUGCUGCUGCAAAUUACACCAAUGGGAACUUUGGAAGUAACUUUGUGUCUGUUGGUAUACAGACCAGUUUUAGGACUGGUAAUCAAACAGGGACUUCCCAUAACAGUUAUGAUAGCACUCAGCAAUAUGGAAGUAACGUUCCCAAUAUGCACAAUGGUAUGAACCAACAGGCAUAUGCAUAUCCUGCUACUGCAGCUGCGCCCAUGAUUGGUUAUCCAAUGCCAACGGGAUAUUCUCAGUAAGACUAGAAGUAUAUGUAAAUGUCUGUGUUUCGUAUUGCUCUUUAUGUUGUGUGUUAUCGGACAAGAUAGUUAUUUAAGAAACAUGGGAAAUGCAGAAAUGACUGCACUGCAGCAGUAAUUAUAGUGCACUUUUUUGCUAUUUAAGUUGGAUAUUUCUCUACAUUCAUGAAACAAUUUUUAGGGGUUUUUUUUGUACUAGAAAAUGCAGGCA